AUGGAAGUAACAUCAACCUUAUUAGAAAAGGGUAAAAACUUUGCCCAAGAUCCAUCUGAGGUUUUUCCUGAGUCAAAAAAAUUUUUUUUUUCGUCAAUUGGUAAAGCUCAUUUGAUAAAUUCCCUCUAUGGAAUAGGCUAUACUAUUCAAAUCGCAAUGUUGCCAUAUUUGUUGAUAAGUUCUAAUGCAGGCAUAGAACACAAUGGAUAUUUAUUAACCUUAUUUUCGCUUUUACAAUUUACGGGAUCCAUUUUUUUUGGAAGAAUGGCAGACAUAUGGGGUGUAAAAAAGUCCUUUUAUUUAUCUUUAAUUUCCUCUUGCUUAAUGUACCUAAUGAUCAUGGUGUGCGAAUCGACGUGGGCCUACUACAUCAGCUUCUUACCAUCCUUUUUUAUGCAAACAUUUCAAGCUUCCUCCUUAUUAGUGUGCUUAAAAACAAAUUUCGACAAAAGGACAGGAGCCUUAGGUUAUCUAAAUCUAAGUUAUGGAAUGGGUAUUAUAUUCGGUAGUUUCUUAGCAGGUGUUAUGGUAAACUUUGUAGGAUCAAGAGGAAAUUUAUUAAUUGCAUUAUUAUCCCAAUUAAUAGCUUUAUGUAUAAGUACAACGUUAGAAGAAGAUCCGAAAUUAUUGAAGAGCUCUAAUGUGGAUAAAAUGAAAAUGUCAGAAAUACUUUUAAGUAUUAAAAAUGAAUACAUAAGAGUAUUAAAUUUAUUUAAAAAAACAUAUGGAAUAUGUUUAUUAAUACUUUUUGGAUUAUUACCUAUAUUAAUGACAAAAUUUGCUUUUGCUCCUGUGGUUGUAGAUAUGUUCAAAUUAACUCCUUCACACACAUCAUAUCUAAUGACUUAUGCAGGUAUAAUAACUAUUAUUGCUGAAGGGAUACUUGCUCCUUAUUUAAGUUCUUUACUAGGGGAUAUGAUUUGUUGUAAAUAUUCGAUACCACUAACAUUAACAGGAUUUUUAUUAUUAUCAUUAUGUGGCGCUAACGAAUCACUUGUUCUUAUAUUUAUGUCUAUACCAUUAUGUGGAGGUGCUUUAUUAUAUAUAUGUGGAACUAGCCAAAUGACAAAACGAGUGGAAGAAUCAGAAUUGGGUUCGAUUAUUGGUUUAAAUACAUCUCUUUUUUAUGCCGUUACAAUAAUAGCUCCAUAUAUUGCCUUUAAAUCAUAUAUAGCCUUGGGAUUGGGAUUAUAUUGGCUCCUAUGUGCCUUUAUUUGUUUUGUUGUUACUUUCUACAUUUUCGUACUUGAUAAAUCUACCCUUAAAAUUUUUAAAGACGAUAAGGACAGCAUAGAAACAAUGUUUUCCAGUAUUAAGUCGAUUUUAUAA